AUGUUUACAAGUGACCUCCGAGAAAGUCGAGAGGCUCGCGUGUGUAUUAGUGAAGUGUCACCCUGGACCCUAAAGAGAGUAAUAGAAUACGCCUAUAGUGGUCGUAUUGCUAUUACUGAUGAGAAUGCCCAGGAACUGUUGGCUGCAGGCAGCCUCUUUGAAUACCCAGACAUUGUUGGGGCCUGUUGUGAAUUUUUACGACGACAGCUGGAUCAUAAUAAUUGCUUGGGAAUUGAACGGUUCGCCCAGGUGCAUUCUUGUAAGGAAUUACAGACUGAUGCCCACAAAUAUACUCUAGAAAAUUUUAGCAUGGUUGUUAAAAGUGACGAAUUUCUUGAGCUGUCCCCGGAACGCUUGCUCAUUUAUAUCUCCAGCGAUCUUAUAGACGUGCGAAAAGAAGAAAUAGUCUACGAUGCAGUUAUUCGAUGGGUGAGAUACGAUCUUGACGACCGGUCACGUCACCUUACCAGUCUACUUCAACAAGUUCGUCUCCCCAUUGUUGAAUUAAGCUACCUCCGAGAAAUAGAGGCAGACCCCUUAAUCUAUAAUCAACCUGACUGCUUGGAUUUGAUACGCGAGGCUCAGGUGCAGCACGAAUCUGUCUCUAACCAACAAGGUAAGCGUCGACGAAGCAUGCAGAAUAAUAAUGUCCACCCACGGCCUUCGACAGUGGCCAAAGAGGCCCUUGUCGUCGUUGGUGGCCUUAACAACUACAUAACACGCUCAGUGGAGAUGUACGAUUUACAGAAAGAUAGAUGGACGAAUCUACCAGAUAUUCCACAGCCCAUCUCCCAGUACAGCGUAGCUAUGUUGACCAACGCUCUCAUCGUGUCUGGAGGCAUCUGUGAUGGCCACAUUGUAGACACUGUGUGGCGUUUUGAUGCCCUCAAACUAGAGUGGAAAAACAUGCAACCGAUGCUGCGACCGCGCGCUCGACAUGCAUCGACUUCGAUCAAUGAUUACGUGGUAGUUUUUGCAAAGAUUCUCUCUGUCACUCUGUCUGCCUGUCUGUCUCUUUCUUUCUUUCUUUCUUUCUUUUCAUUUGUUCUUUCAUUUUCUUCUUUCUUUACAUUCUUUCUUUUUUGUUUUUUCUUUCCUUUUGUUCAUUCUUUCUUUUUGUUUUUUGUUUUUUCCUCUGUUCUUUAUUUCUUUUUCUUUCUUUCUUUCUUUCCUUUUUUCUCCUUUCUUUGUUUCUUUCUUUCCUUUAUUCUUUCUUUCUUUCUUUUUCUUUUCUUUUCUUUUCUUUUUGUUCUUACAAAAAGUUAA